UUUCGUUUCGUUUAGUUUCGUUUUAUUUUGACAUUAUCAUUAUCAUUAUAUAUAUUGUCUUUGUGGUCAUUGUUCAUCAAGUGUUUUAUAUAUUGAAAUUCAUCGUCUAAUUAAAAUUGUCAUUUCUAUAGGAAAAUUUAAUUUAUUUGUUCAAUUUUAGCAAACAACAACAACGAAAUAAAAAUGAUGCAAUCAUCAUUGAUGACAAUUGACCAACAACAACAACAACAACAACGACAACAACGGCAACCGACGACGGCGAUAUCGAUUCGAGAAUUUUAUAAUGGAAAAUCCAUUUUCGUCACUGGUGGCAGUGGUUUUAUUGGAAAAGUUUUGAUUGAAAAAUUAUUAAAUUCAUGUCCAGAUAUUGAACGUAUUUAUCUAUUAAUACGUUCAAGUCGUGAUGGUAAAUCACCACAACAACGAUUGGAAGAAGAAAUCAUUAAAUCUAAAGUGUUUACAUUACGUAAUAAAACAUACGAUUUUACGAAACUUGUUGCCAUUUGUGGUGAUAUGACAAAACCUCGUCUUGGUUUAUCCGAUAUAGAUUAUCAAACACUUACCGAUAAUGUAUCUAUUGUAUUCCAUUCAGCUGCCACUGUACGUUUUCAUGGGCCAUUGAAAAAAUUUGUAAAUCAAAAUGUUCUUGGCACUGAAUCGGUUAUGAAAUUAAGUCGUGAUAUGAAGAAAUUAAAGAUUGUUGUAUAUGUUUCAACUGCUUAUGCAAAUUGUAAUCUAAUUGAUGUGGAAGAAAAAGUUUAUCCAUUAGUUGAUGAUAUUGAUUCAUUGAUCAAUAAAAUAAUUAAUGAAGAUAGUGAUGAAACACCAGGUGUUGGACAUCCAUCAUUAAUGGGACGACCUAAUUCCUAUACGAUCAGUAAAGCUAUUGCCGAAUGUUUGGUUGAUGCAAAAUAUUCUGAUUUACCAGUCGUUAUCUGUCGUCCAUCCAUUGUAUCACAUGCAUAUCGUGAACCAGCCGAAGGUUGGUGUGAUAGCCUUAAUGGUGUUGCUGGAGCUCUUUUACUUGGUGGUCUUGGCAUUGCUCGAACAAUGGAAAUGCGUUGUGAUUACAUUUCCGACAUUAUUCCAGUGGAUUUUGUUGCCAAUUCAUUAAUUGUAGUUGGCUAUCAUUCAUGUAUGUAUCCAGAACAAAGAUCAAAAGUGGUACAUAUCACUUCUGGGCAUAAAAAUCCAAUAUCAUGGGCACAGAUUCUUAAUUAUUCACGAAUGGCUGCAGUAAAAACACCAUCAGUCAAAAUGGUUCGACCUAUUGCACAAAAUCCAAUAAGUGCUGGUACUUUUGUUGGCCGUAUGAAUCAUCGUUUAACAAUGUUUUUUUCACACAUAUUGUUUGCCUAUAUUUUUGAUUUGAUAUUGUUCAUUUGUCGACAGAAACGUGUUAUGGUUGAUGUAACAAACAAAAUGCAUCGUGUACUUGAAGUACUUGAACAUUUUACCAAUCAUCAAUGGUUUUUUCGUAACGAUAAUUAUAGCAAAAUAUUUCAAUCACUUUCUGAUGAUGAAAAACAACGUUAUCAAUCUAAUGUCACAGCAAUUGAUUGGACUAACUAUUGUAAUGCAUUGUGGAUGGGAUCAAGACGUUAUCUGAUCAAUGAAGAUGAUUCAACAUGUAAAGAUGGUAUACGACGUCAUAAAAUAUUAAAAUUGACUUAUGGUCUAUUGAAUUUUUUCAUCUAUACAAUUAUUUUAAUCACAUUUGGCUAUAUUAUUGCAUCGGUUAUUUAACACCACCACCACCACCACCAAUCAAUCAAUCAAUCAAUCAAUCAAUUCUAAAAAAAAUUGAUCCUUCAUUUAUAUAAUCACACAUAUAAUGGUAAUUUAAAUUUUCGAUUCAUUCAUUUCAACAA